AUGGCCAAACAGACUGCAGUGUUGCUAUAUGGACACAUGGUUAGACUCUUUGGCUACCCAGAUCACAUGGUCUCAGACCAAGGCAGGCAGUUCAUAUCAGGAGCAUGUAAGGCAUUUGCAGAACAAAUGGGUGUGAAGCACUCACUUAGCAUGGCUUACCAUCCUCAAACUGAUGGUCAGACAGAGAGGGUCAAUCAGGUCAUUGAGCAGUACCUAAGGAUGUACUGCAACUAUGAGCAGAAUGACUGGGCCAACCUGCUGGACACUGCAGCCUUUGUAUACAACAACACAGUCCACAACAGUAUUGGUGUCUCACCAUUCUUUGCAUGCUAUGGAUGGAACCCCAAAGCUCAUCCUGAUAUCCCUCAACAACUAGGAGUCAAUGACCCAGGUCGCUUCGAGUACCUCAUGGAUGGAAAGGAACAUUGCAAGUACCUCCAGGAGCAGAUCAGAGAGGCACAAUGUAGAUCAGUAGACCAGUAUAACAGGAAGCACAAGGACAUCGAGUUUAAGGUGGGUGAUAUGGUCUAUAUCAACCACCAAAACUGGAAGACAAGGAGACCCACACCCAAAUUAGAUACCCGGUUUGCAGGACCCUACCCAGUCCAGGAACGGGUAGGAUGCCGAGCUUAUCGAAUCACAUUACCAGCAAAUCUUAGGGUGCAUGAUGUGUUCCAUGUCUCCAUGCUCGAACCAGCAAGAACAAAUGAGGACCUCGUUUUUGAAGUCGAAGCACUCAUCGACAAGCAUUCACACAAUGGGACUACAGAGUACAAAGUGUUGUGGAGAGGGUACUCAGAAGAAGCUGCUUCAUGGGAACCAGUAGAGAACCUCAACUGUCCUGACCUCAUCCAGGAGUAUGAGGUGUCGGAGGGGGGACGAGCGAGUAGACAAAGUAGAGAGAGGAGGAGAGAACAGGAGGAGUAG